GUAUCGAUGCGAAAAACUGGAAUCAUUUGCAAAUCGGAACAAAUAAAUUGACAGAACGGGAACUUAAGAGAAUUUUUAUACGCAAAUCGCCGCAAGAUGCCCGUCCUGCCGAUUCCGCCACUUAUGCAGAACGCUGUGGAGCCGAUGCAAGUGGAUGCGCCGCCCAACGAGGACAAUGAGAACAAUGAGGAGCAGCAGAUUGUGGUGGAGAAUCCGAGCAUCGAUUUAGAAGUUUACGCCAAUCAAUACUCGGGAAUCGUGCGGCUUGAUCGUCUGAUUUACGUUGCGGACGUUUGCCCAGUCUUGGCAGUGGAGGCCCUGAAAAUGGCCAUUACCUAUGUCCAGAGUACCUACAACGUCAAUCUCUACCAGGGGCUCCACAAGCGAUUGGCCGAUCUGAAUGCCGGAAAUGCACCUGCUCCGCCGGCUGUCAGUGAUCAGCAAGCUGCCGCUGCUGCAGCAGCUCCGGCCGCUGCUCCCUUGCCGGAUAUAGCCGCUCAGCCAGUGGCCCAGGCAGGACAGGCUCAGCCCGCCGGCGAGAAGGAUGCCUUCGCCUAUGACGGUUGGGUGGACACUAAGAUGAAGAAGGCCGCUCUAAAGCUGGAGAAACUGGACUCUGAUCUGAAGAAUUACAAGUCCAAUUCGAUCAAGGAGAGCAUACGUCGUGGUCACGAUGAUCUGGCCGAUCAUUAUCUUAGCUGCGGCGACCUUACCAACGCCCUCAAAUGCUACUCCCGGGCCAGGGAUUACUGUACCAGUGGCAAGCAUGUGGUUAACAUGUGCCUGAACGUCAUCAAGGUGUCCAUCUAUCUGCAAAACUGGGCCCACGUCAUGAGCUACAUUUCCAAAGCGGAGAGCACUCCCGAUUUCGCCGAGGGCUCCAAGGAAGCCAACGCCCAGGUGCACACUCGGUUGGAGUGCGCCGCCGGACUGGCUGAGUUGCAGAUGAAGAAGUACAAGGUGGCUGCCAAGCACUUUCUCAACGCCAACUUUGAUCACUGCGAUUUCCCCGAGAUGAUCUCCACCAGCAAUGUUGCAGUCUAUGGUGGACUUUGCGCCUUGGCCACCUUCGAUCGACCAGAGCUAAAGCGCUUGGUCAUUGCCUCCACAUCGUUCAAACUCUUCUUGGAACUGGAGCCGCAGCUGCGGGAUAUUAUAUUCAAGUUCUAUGAAAGCAAGUAUGCCUCGUGCUUGACUCUGCUGGAUGAAAUCCGAGACAAUCUGCUGAUAGACAUGUAUAUAGCGCCCCAUGUCUCCGCUCUGUACACCAAGAUACGUAAUCGGGCGCUGAUCCAAUACUUUAGUCCCUAUAUGUCCGCAGACAUGCACAAAAUGGCCAUGGCCUUUAAUUCAUCGGUUGGGGAUUUGGAGAACGAGGUCAUGCAGCUGAUAUUGGACGGACAGAUCCAGGCGCGCAUCGAUUCGCACAACAAGAUCCUGUACGCCAAGGAGGCGGACCAGAGGAACAGCACCUUCGAGCGAGCUCUGAUUAUGGGUAAGCAGUAUCAACGCCACGCCAGGAUGCUCAUCCUAAGGGCUGCCAUGCUCAAGAGCCACAUCCAUGUAAAGAGCAUCUCUCGCGAGGGAGGAAGCAAUCAUGGCGCCGAGCUCUGCGUCUCCGCUGGAUCCUCUACAACAGCUCAGCUGGCCAGGAUCUAAUUUCGUGACCAAGGAUUUUAUAAAAUGUCAGUUUUGAAGAGGAUAUAAAAAAUGAUUAAUUA